UUCCACUUUCAUACACUACGUCUUAAAAUCUCCUCCCUUUACACACACACACAAACACACAUUUAUAUACAGUAAAACCCAUCCAAUCAAGAAAAUCCGGCCUCUUAUAUAUAAUCCUAGAAUACUAGGAAGUUUGGAUCAGUACGUACGUUUUGUUGGUGGUUGGAUUGAAGUAGGCAAAACGGGUCUACCUGUGUGGAUGUUGGGUUUGGGUGCGGAGCGGUUGCGAGUCGACAUGAAUCGCUUGCUCGCCCUACUCUUUCACCAGGGAGUGUUGGAUGAGCAAUUCUUGCAACUACAACAGCUUCAAGAUGAGGCUUCUCCCAACUUUGUCUCCGAGGUUGUCAACAUUUACUUCCACGAAUCCGAGAAGCUCCUCAGGAAUCUCAGAGCUUUGCUGAUGGAGAGUGAAAUAUGGGACUACAAGAAAAUGGGAAUGCAUUUGAACCAGUUGAUGGGAAGCAGCUCCAGCAUUGGAGCCAAACGAGUGAGAAAUGUAUGCGUCGCCUUUCGUGCUGCUGCCGAACAAAACAACCGUUUUGGGUGUUUGAGAGCCUUAGAGGCACUUGACCAUGAAUACUGCUAUCUCAAGAACAAACUCGUAGAACUAUUCCAGCUAGAGCAACAGCGGGUAUUAGCAGCUGGAGUGAGAUACCCAGUACUUCAUCUUCCUCACACUUAAUUAAUUAGAAGCUAAGCUAUGGCGGCCAGCUAGCAUUGCAUGCAGACAGUAAAUUAAAGAAAGGAGACGUAAUUUAUUUGAUGUAAUUAAUUGG